UAAACCACCCUAGGAUUACUGAGCCCUAAGAAAAGGCGGGAAAGUCCAUUCUCAACCCUAUCGUCAAUUCUGCUCUUACAGAGAAAAGUGUAGAAAGAUCCUUCUAUGGAUGGAUACCUGGUUCCUAUCAUUCCUACUGAAAAUCCCAAACCCAUCAAAAGGUUUCGAUGGAAGAGGAGUCUCAUUGAAUUGAACGGCAAGUUCGAACCCAAGUACCGCCACGACAUUUCGGGUCUUUUGAUGCAAUCCUAUUCUGAGAUUGGAUUGUUUGCUCAUUGCUAUCACAUUGGGGGAGUACAAUGUCCUACACAUAUGAGUUGGUUCGCUAAUGUUGCAUACAUGGAUAACCCAGCGCCGUUCAGAAAGCAGGGCAUCUCUGCACUGGAAUUUGACACCAAGGGUAUAUACUUGGCAUCAGUGACAAAAGAAGGAUGCUUAACAGUGCAUGAUUUUGAAACUCUUUAUUCCCAGGUGAACUUUGAGUGUCCUUCAGGGCUGAAGGAAGAUGAGACAAAGCAUUUGCUGCACAUUUCUACAUGUCAACAACUUGAUGCUGUUCGAUGGAAUCUUGCAAACCAGGAUGAGGUUGCUUGUACAUCUAUGAAAAGCAGUGAAGUGCAUAUCUUCGAUAUUGGGUAUAUCUCUUCUGACCCCGUUGAGGUACUAAGGAAGAGGCCUACAGUUACCAUUCAUGGGUUUGAUGUUCAAAGAGGUUUUUCUGAUAUUGCUUUUUCUUCAAAUAAUGAUUCAAGGGUACUUGCUUCGGAUACAUAUGGCGUAAUAAAUGUAUGGGAUAGAAGAAUGAGUGAUCUCCCAUGUAUUGAGCUCACAACUAAUUCAAACAGCACCCUCAAUAGUAUCCGAUUAAUUGAAGAGAGUCAGAUUAUUUUUGGGGCUUGCAAGAAUGGGAUUAUAUAUAUGUGGGAUCUUCGUGGAGGAAGAUCAUCUACUGGUUUUCAAAGCCAUAGAGAGCCACAUUAUUCUCCUCUGGCGUCGGUGAAGUUAGCAUCGGUGCUGCAGAAAGUUGAGUCUUUGAAGGCACAAUCCAAUAUUGUGUCAAAGGAAAUACACUCAAUUGAUAUUGAUCCAUCUUGCCCAUAUCAGUUGGCAUUCCAUCUUGAUGAUGGUUGGUAAGUUGGGAGUAACAUAUUUACUUGUUAUCUAUCAUUUAAUACCUUAACACUAUUAACUAGCAUGUUCAGGUCACCUGCAAUUCUUUUAUUGGUUGUCUAGAUUAUAAAUAAUCUAUUUAACAGUCUACAAAAGUUGACUUGAUAAAUCAUUUGUUAUAGUUUCCUAGGAUGAUUUUUCAACUUAUUCGAAAUAAAACUUUUACUAACUGCUAAUCAUGUUUCUAAAUUGAAUUCACAGGACACUACUGGAUGGAAUCUUUAAAGUUCUAAAAUGAAUCCUCAAUUAUGAAGAACUGAUACUGACAUGGGAUACAUAUAUGACAUGAUAUGAACACACUAAUAAAAUAAAUUUUUAAAGAGUAGGACUUGGAUAUGUUAAGGAUAUGCAAAUAGAGAUAUCCAUGUAUGUAUUUAUUUAUGUACAUGUAUAUCUAUGUAUAAAUUAAAACGUAAUUUUUUUAUAUAAGAUAUGUGAAAACAUGUCAUUAUGUAUCUACCAAAUAUUCAUGAAAAAAUUAGGUUAUAUUUUGUGCAUACAAACUUGAACCAAAUUUUACACACUUUGAUCUCGGUUUUCUUGAUUCUUCUUCUCUAAUCAGUAUGCUAAAGUAUUGGAAACUAGUGUUGUACUAUUCCUAUUAAUUAUACUCCAAUGCUGCACAGAAAUGCCACAUCUGUGACCUACAGUACUUAAGAAUAAUUCAAUACCUUUUCAAAAUUAAUGAGAGUUAUUUCAAUAUUAAGGAUAAUUGGGAACAGUUGUAUAGGUACCCUCGACUAUCAAAAGAGUGGUUUAAUCCUCAAUUAGAUUUUCUUAGGGAUUACCCUAUAAGGUAGCAUAAAGCAUUGCACAAGGUUUCGAACAGUCACAAAAAAUUCUCAAAAUAUGUAUUUAGAAGAUGUUGGCUCUCCUAAUUCCAAAUUUAGGAAACAACUUCUACAGCCCAUGUCUAGCAAUUCGCACAGUUUAACAUCUGAAACCUAAUAAAAAGCUAUAAAAUUUGUUCAAAACCAUUCUAACCUACAAAAUACAUAAAAUUUUAAGGCUCAAAUUAACUUUAAACAUAAAAGUUUUGAAAUGUGCUUCAUGUGAAAUUAUAGAUUUUCCAUUUUUCUUCUUUCCAUGCUUGCUAUCACCAAGUAUUCGACUAGGAAUUGGGCAUUUCUUUGGACUUAAUUGACUCACCAAAGAUUAUUUAAAGGGUUGAAGUGCAAAAGUACAGAAAACUUAGAUUAGGGUUAGAGAGAGAGGGAAGAACAAGGAGAAGUAUUUUAUUGAACGUAUGUUUUUAGGCUUAUUGAAUCAACCUAAAACCAUUAGAAAAUAUGUAUGUGAAAUACAAUAAUACCCUUACUCAACAUAAAUAAUAACAAAGACACAUAGACAUUCUAACACUCUCCCUCAAGCUAGAGCAUAGAGAUCGAACAUACCCAGCUUAGUAGAACGGCGCUGAAAUGAAGAAAGAGCAAGGGGCUUGGUGAGUAUAUUACCCAAUUGAUCAUUUGAGUGAACAUAUGGUGUCACAAGUUGUUUACACAAUAUCAAAUCCCGAAUAAAAUGACAAUCAACUUCAAUAUGCUUCGUACGCUCAUGAAACACAGGGUUGUUAGCAAUGAAAAUAGCAGCUUGGUUAUCACAGUACAUGCUCAUAGGAGUAGCAACAUGAAUACCAAAAUUCUGUAGAAGUGAACAAACCCAUAACAUCUCAAAAGUAGUAUGAACCAUGGCACGAUACUCUACCUUAGCACUCGAAUGAGCAACAACUGGUUGUUUCUUGCUACGCCAAGUAACAAGAUUAUCCCCAACAAAGGUGCAAUAUCUGGAUGUAAGACGACCAUCAUUUCGACUACCUACACAAUCAACAUCACUAAAGCUAGUGACAGACAGGGAAGAAGGACGAUAAAGUAAACCUCAACCAGGAGCACAUUUGAAAUAAUGUAAGAUUUGGCACACAGCAUCAAAAUGGUGUUGACGAGGAGCAUGUAUAAACUGGCUAACAACACUCACAACAUAAGUAAUAUCCAGACGAGUGACAAUAAGAUAAAUCAACUUCCCAAACAAUCCAGCCAAUAUCAGGAAACAACUCUCCAAUCUCACCAUCAAGUUUAAUUGAGGAGUCCAUAGGAGUAUCACUAGGACGAGUGCCAAGAAGAUCAUCUCAGAAAGAAGAUCAAGAACAUACUUGCGUUGAGAAAGAACUAAAUCCUGAGAGGAGUGAGCAAUCUCAAUUCCAAGAAAAUACUGCAAAUUACCCAAGUCCUUAGUGUGAAAGUGCUUACCCAGAUAAAGCUUCAUAUCAGCAAUAUCGAUGGAGUCACUGUUAGAGAUGAUGAUGUCGUCCACAUAGACAAUGAGAACAAUAACCCCAGUAGAUUAUUUGCGAACAAAAACAAAGUGAUUAGAAGUGGAACGAUGGAACCCAUAGGCAAGCACAAUGGUAAUAAAGUAAUCAAACCAAGCACGAAGUGAUUGCUUGAGUCCAUAUAAAGCCUUUCGUAACCGACAAACUAGAUGCUCACUACUAGGAACAAUAUGUUGACAUAUUAUAAUCACCGAAAGGCACUUAGCAUAUUAUAUUAGCCGAAAGUCUCUAAGAUCUGUAAUCAUUUUUACGCACUCAGGGAUCAUCUUGUAAUUGUCUUUUUUGUAAACCCUAAAUCUUCAUUUAUAAAUAAGGGGUGAUAUCUCAUCAUACCCUAAGCUGGUUACCCAAGCUUCAUGGUAUCAGAGCAUCACCUCCAGGGCUAGGGUUCAAAGCAUACCUAGUUGGAUCAUCUGCUGAAUCGAUCUUCUGCCAUCAUCAUCAUUCCGCUUCGUCUUCGUCUCUGCCAUCAUCAUCAUCCCGCAGUUCGUCACUCGUCUUCAUCAAUCGCAGUUCAUCCCGCAGUUCGUCGCUCGUCUUCAUCAAUCGCAGUUCGUCGAUCUUCAUCGCAGUUCGUCGCUCGUCGAUCUUCUCCCGCAGUUCGUCGCUCGUCUCAGCCCUCGUCCUCGUCGUCCUC